AUGGCCGAGACGGAAAAAACGGAAAAAACGGCGGAAACGGCAGUCACGUCCGAGGCCGCUGGGCCGGUGGCGACAACGGCAAUGGAUGAUAGCAUGGAUGGAGAGGCUGGCAUGGUUGGCCGCGGGGAGGCGAAUGCAGGUCUGGAUGCGCAAAUGGAUGAGGCAUCUGAUCUUCACGCGACAGAGGGGACGAUCGACAAAGCGGUGUGCGGGGAGGAGGUUUUUACCUACACGCCCGACGGCGGCCGAACCGUCCAUCCCCAGCAAGCCCUUUUAGAGAUGCGGCGCCAAAUGCAGCUUAUUCAAGACCGAGUAUGUGUCAUGCCAAGUAAUGGCCUGUCGGCCUCGGCCAUUGGCUCCUGGAAAACGACGCAAGCGCGCCGCUGGCGCAUGCAGGGAUUCAAAAAUCCGGCGCGCGGGGAUGAGCUGAUAUUGUUCCACUGGCAAGUGCAGCCACGUCGCGAGGGUCGAGGCCGACGACGGGUUGGCCAGGACGCACUCCAUGACGGUGGCCCCACAUUGUCAGACCCCGAGGACGAGGAGCUCGAUGGUGCCGAGGAGGAUGAUCUGGAACAGCCCGUGGUGGACGGUUAUGCGUUUGCCGCCUUCAACCGCUCCCUUAAAAUCCCCCAUUUUACCACUGCCGACUAUCAAGCUUGUCUCAAGGCCGAGGGCUGGAACGAGCGUGAAACGCGCCUUCUUUUCGAGCUCUGCCAACGCUACGACCGCCGGUUUGUGAUCAUUCAAGAUCGCUACAACCAUCAGCUCCGAGGUGUCAAAUCUUUGCUCCCGGAUCGCACUCUAGAAGAGCUGAAGCACCGCUACUAUAGCUGCGUCAACAAGCUCGCAAUUCACCGUCAGCUGCCCGAAGAUGAUAUUGAACGCAUUUACAAAUACGAUGUGGAACACGAGACGAGCCGCAAGGCUCAGCUGCGGCAGCUAUUCAGCCGAACGUCCACACAAAUCGCUGAAGAGGAGGCGGUACGGCGUGAGCUGGAUGAGAUUUAUCAGCUCAAGGCCGAACUCGGUAUCACCAAAACAGCACAAAGCCUGUUUCCUCCCAAACCCGUGGCGCCAACACCCGCCACUGGACAAACCGCUGCCACGCCAGCUAGCGGGCGGACCGGCAAAGCCAAGGGCAGCAAAAAGGACAAGGCGAACAAGGCUAAUGAAGCGCCCGUCACGCCCGGUGUUGCCCGUGGAUCUGGCAAAGGCAAGGGCAAGGGCAAGGGCGCUGGCAAGGCCGCGGAAAAGAGUGCGGAAAAGGGCGCUGGCAAAGCUGCCGCUAAAGCUGCUGGCAAAGCUGCCAAAGGACUUGAUAAGUCCGCUGACAAGGCUGCGACCAAGGCCUCGGACAAAGCCGCGGACAAAGCCGCCGCCAAGGCCGCCAAGGCGGCUGCGAAAGCAGCGGCCAAGGCCACGGGCAAGGCCGGCACUAAAGGCACACCACGUGGCAUUGGCAGCAAAGCUGGCAGUGCAGCUGCCACCAAGGCAUCGACGCCGGCCACACCAUCGACACCUGCCACACCAAAGCCCACUGGUCGUACCACAGCAACAUCGGCCGCAGCUACACCGAUUGGUUCUGCCCACACGGAAUUAACGUCGAGCCGCCGGUCAACUGCUGCGGGCACUAAAGUGCCAGUUCGGCUACAAAGCGCUGCCAUCAAUAAGAGCUUUGGCAAGAACGUUGAUCAAAAGAUUCAACAGUUUGUCGAGAACAAACUGACCACGCUCAACCUUCAAAACGCCGUGCCCACCAGUAAGGUGGCUGCGCGCUAUGCAGAAGUGCGGAAUGGAUUGCUGGCGUUGGCCAACGUCACGAAAACCUAUCAGCAAGCUAAAUCACACUGCGAGCAACUCACUGAGCGCGUGUACAAACUACUUCCCAAGUAUGGCUUCAAAGUCCCGCCGCGCAAAUCUACUGGACAACAGCAACAGCAGCAAGGGGCCGCCAGUACCACGGCGUCCAGUGCAGAGGCCAAUGGCGGACCAGCGGCCAAACGUGUCAAAAAUGCCUAA